AUGACCAAGUUCACUCUUCUGGCAGGCUUGUGCCUGGUGAUGUGCCAGCUGGCAACUGCCUCCAAGAUGGCGUGCUAUUUCACCAACUGGUCCCAGUACAGACCUGGGACUGGGAAAUACACGCCCCAGAAUGUGGAUCCCUUCCUGUGCACCCAUCUGAUUUAUGCUUUCUCCAUCAUUAACAACAAAAACGAGUUGGUUACAUAUGAAUGGAAUGACGAGACCCUGUACAUGACCUUUAAUGGCCUGAAGAGCAAGAACCCCAGUCUGAAGACCUUACUGGCUGUUGGUGGAUGGAACUUUGGCUCAACCCAGUUCUCCAUCAUGGUGUCCACUCCUGCCAACCGUCAGAAGUUCAUCCAGUCUUCUAUCAAAUUCCUGAGGACUCAUGGAUUUGAUGGUCUGGAUCUGGACUGGGAGUACCCUGGAUCUCGUGGAAGUCCCCCAGUGGACAAACAGCGGUUCAGUCUGCUCUGCAAGGAACUUGUUGAAGCCUAUGCAGCUGAGGCCAAGGCCACUGGCAAUCCUCAGCUCAUGCUGACUGCAGCAGUGUCUGCUGGGAAAGGAACCAUCGAUGCUGGAUAUGAGAUUUCUGAGAUUGCCAAGCAUCUGGACUUUAUCAAUGUGAUGACCUAUGACUUCCAUGGAGCUUGGGAGAGAUCGACUGGACACAACAGCCCACUGUACCGCGGCUCACAUGACAGUGGUGACCUCAUCUACUUCAACACUGAAUAUGCCAUGAAAUACUGGAGAGACCAAGGCACCCCAGUUGAGAAGCUGAUGAUGGGAUUUGCUGCUUAUGGUCGUACCUUCCGUUUGACAUCAUCAAACACUGGCGUUGGAGCCCCAGCUAGUGGCGCUGCAUCAGCCGGACCAUUCACACGUGAAGCUGGAUUCUGGUCCUACUAUGAGGUCUGCACCUUCCUGAAGGGCACCACCAUUCAGUGGAUUGACGACCAGAAAGUUCCCUAUGCCGUCAAGAACAACGAGUGGGUAGGAUUCGACACCAGGGAGAGCUAUGAGAUUAAGGUCCAGUACAUGAGGGACAUGAAGUAUGGCGGUGCCUUUGUGUGGGCCUUGGAUCUGGAUGACUUUAAAGGAGAGUUCUGUGGACAGGGAAGCCAUCCUCUGCUGUCCCAUCUGCGCAAACUCAUUGAUGUUGAUAUGCCUCCCCUUCCAUCAACCACAACCAAGAACCCUGCUUUUACUACCACAGCAUCACCGACUAGCACAACCAAGAAACCUGCUGUUACUACCACAGCACCAGCCACAAGAACAACCCCUAAACCCAGUGGUACCACCAAUGCUCCAUCCACCAAGACCACCAUCCCUAUUCCAGGACGUGGCUUCUGCAAAGACAAGCCCGACGGCACAUACCCCAACCCUGCUGACAACAGCAGCUUCUACGUGUGUGCAGGCGGCCGAACCUAUCUGAGGCAGUGUGCAGUCGGGACUGUCUAUGACGACAGUUGCAAGUGCUGCGUGUGGGCUUAAUUCUUAACUAGUGGAGGACUGUUACUGAGUGACAUCUCAGAACUGACUCUAACCCCAGGGAAAACAUUUGUUUUUA